AUGGACGCGCAAUUCCAGUCCACCCUGUCAAACCUAGAAAACAAGCUCAAUGCUCUCAUCAGUAGUCUGACGACCUCCCCCACCGCUGCAGGCGCACCGGCUGCCGCGCUCAACCUCCUCGAAGCCGACGACGCGUUAACCUCCGACAUCGAGACCCUGCGACAACACCAGGAAAACUAUGCAAGGAUCUUAAAGCUCCGCGAGGAGUCAGCAAGCUUAGAAGAGAAAGUGAAAGACAUUGUGCGGGAGGUAGUGCGGCAUGAAAAGGACAUCCAGACCGCCUGCGGAGGCGACGUCUACGACUCGGACGACAGCUCCGACUACGAAGAUGACGUGAGUGGCGCGCCGGGGAAGCCCGCCCGCGGCCGUACCAUGCGGGAGAUCGACUACAAGCUCUUGCUGGACUUUGCGCGACGAAUCAGCAACCACGGUGGGGCGGGGGCCACCGGGACAGAAGAGGGAGUCGCGCCGGUGGCCAGCGUCACGAAGGAUGCGACGUCCUGGCUGGACGAGUCGGCCAACAUGACGCGCCAGGUGUAUAUGCUGCCGUACCCGAUGGAAGACCGCAUUCGGAUGGGCCUUAUGGGCCAGAUCCAGCUGGCGUCCGGCGAAGGUCGACCGGAUUUUGAUGCCGAUAAGGAGGUGGAACGGUUAAUUCGCGAGGCGGAGGGACUGGGUACCGCAGGGGCGGUUCCGCCGGCGGCGGAGAUGGGAGAAGCGACGCGACAUGCCGAGGAGGCGGCCAAAGCCGCGGCUCAUGCUGGGGUAGCUGCGACGAGCGGCCGGGCUGCGGUGGCGGCUGCGCCGGCUCCGAAGCCCAAGGCUAUGCUUGAUCUGGACUUGUACGACCCGGAUGAAGAUGACGAGUAG